AUUUGCGUCAGUCGAAGAAAUCAGUUCGUCUGCUACAGACAGAAAUUCAAAUUAAAACUUUCUGCAUUUCCAUUACGUUAAUAAAUUAAUUUUAAAUUUAAAAUGGCUCCACGUAAUAAGGAACAAGAAGCCGAAGUACUUAACUGGAUCUUUGCUGUUUUAGGCGAAAAAGUACCAGCAGGACAGUAUGAAGAUAUUCUUAAGGAUGGAAUUUGGUUGUGCAAAUUGAUCAAUAAAUUAGCACCUGGUUCAGUCAAGAAAAUUCAAGAACGUGGUACUAAUUUUCAGCUGAUGGAAAACAUUCAACGUUUCCAAGCUGCAGUUAAGAAGUACGGUGUACCAGAAGAAGAAAUUUUCCAAACAGCUGAUCUCUUCGAACGCCGUAAUAUUCCCCAAGUAACAUUAUCACUCUAUGCUUUGGGGCGUAUUACACAAAAACAUCCUGAAUUCACUGGUCCAAGUUUGGGACCAAAAAUGUCUGAUAAGAAUGAACGUGAAUUCACUGAAGAACAACUACGCGCACAUGAAGGCCAACUCAAUCUUCAAAUGGGCUUCAACAAGGGUGCUUCACAAUCAGGCCAUGGUGGUUUCGGUAAUACACGCCAUAUGUAAAUUGCAGAAAUGUUGUUGUUGAUAUUUAUUAUAAUGUAAAAAUUUAUUUGUACUUCAAUUUAAAAUAUAUUUAGUAAAUUUUUU